AUAUCGCUUACUGAUCUUCCCCCUCCAGCACCAAAGCGAGUGAAGGUGACACCUAAGAAAAAUAUCAAUCCCAUCAAUCCGAACAUAUCAGUCUCCUCCCUACAGGAAUUGAAGGAUGAACCUUCCAUAUGGCUUCGUCUCGACCAGAACGAAAAGCUCGAUGUUUUGAAAGUAUUUUUCCCUACAAGGGUUGUCGAAUGUUUUGCUAUUCGUCCAUCUUCAAAGAAAUGUCCAACUUUCAACGACUACAAAAGAGCAGUUGCUCAUCUGGAUUCAUGUGUUCAGCCGAUGUAUUUGACAUACGUG